AUGUUGAAGAGAUACUCAGAGCUAGAAAGUAGCUGUGAUAAUAAGGAUGAGCAAAUAAAGCAAAUCACUGCUUUUCUUGCACAAGCCAAGGAUCUUGUUCGUGGUGCAGAACAGAUUCUCGAAGGUCCCAAAAACUAUAAUACAUCCGAUUCAACCUCGAGUGCCGAUCAAGCUCAAUUCCAACGACCAGCGACUUCCCCACGAUCACCUGGGGAACAAGAUAUAUCUGAAGUUGAAGAUGCAACGAGCAAUCCUGCACCAAAACCAACAUCACCAUUGACUAAUACCAUUGAACCGGAGAUUUCGUUUCAUGACAGGUUCCGUGUUAACCACAACCAACGAGUCGCUUGGGAUGACGCAGAACUCACGCCAACCGAUCACUUAACUCCUCAUCUACCUUGGUUCUGGAAGACUGUAUUGAAAGAUCUAGAGUCCUGGAGAGCUGGACGCUAUGCUGAGAGCAUUUUACGGGUUUUACUUACUUCCCUUUCGGUCACUCUUCUACCACAGCAUCACAAUUUGGUCAAGUUCUCAAUUGGGGGCAAGUCCGACUGCAAUUUUCGUGAGGUCAACGAUCCCAAAUACAUUAUCGGGUUUAAUAUAUGGUCAGGUCUCCACACAUAUUGUACUUAUGUUGAUACGGGAAACGAGCCAUCCUCUUCUGCUCCUGUUCGGUUGAACAUGCACAAAAACGGUCGUGUGAGUGAUCACUUCAGGAUCAUUGUAUAUAUCACCUAUUGA